GACCCCCACUUCUCCAUAAUCGGCGGCACUCCCCGAUGGCUACAACUCUCUUUCCUCCCCCGCUUCCCUCCAAAUCGAACUAAAAUUCAACCCGAGGAAUCCCUAAAGAAGCGAGCCUGACCGAUAAUCCUAGCCCAGAAAGCUCAGCGCCGAGAAGCGAAACCCGAAUCGAAGCAGUGCGCGAUGGGGAUCCCAAUCCGAUCUCUCCUCGUCGCCUCUCUCGUCCUCAGUUCGAUCGCCCUGCAUGUCGCGGCCAAAACCUUGGAUCCCUACAAGGUUCUUGGGGUUGACAAGAAUGCCAGUCAAAGGGAUAUUAAGAAAGCUUUUCACAAGCUUUCACUAAAAUAUCAUCCUGACAAGAAUAAAGAGAAGGGUGCACAGCAGAAAUUUGAAGAGAUAAAUAAUGCACAUGAGAUUUUGUCAGAUGAAGAGAAGAGGAAAAACUAUGAUCUCUACGGUGAUGAGAAGGGUAACCCAGGUAUGGGUGCUGGAAAUUUUGGGAGCCAUGACUUCACUGGUGGUGGCCCCAGGACUACCUAUUUCUCAUCGGGUGAUGGAUGGCAGACAAUGGGUGGUCAGGGAAAUUCAAAAACAUUCUCCUUCUCGUUUGGUGGCAACCCUGGGGCUGGCGGGGGAAAUCCGUUUGGCUUUGAUCUUGGUGAUGUUUUCUCAAACAUGUUUUCUGGUGGAUCAAUGGGUGGUAACCAGCAUGGUGGGUUUGCUGGUUCUGGUAAACCCAGUGCCAGAACUUCCAGUCAGCAUAAAAACCCUGUCACUAUUCAGGAGGUUACGAUGCAAACAUUCAACAAAGAAAUAGCUGACCAAGGAAUAACUUGGCUUCUGCUAUUCUAUACACAACAAGCAAAAGGUCAAUUUGUGCUUGAAAGUGUUCUGGAGGAUGUGGCUCGUUCAUUGGAUGGUGCAGUGAGGGCUGGCAAGGUAAAUUGUGAUAUUGAAAAGGCCCUUUGCAAGAAAAACGGGGUUUCAGUAGGUAAAUCGGCUCGUCUCUUCAUUUAUUCGUACAGCACUGCAGAGAAAGGGUCUUUGCAUGAGUACUCUGGAGAUAGUGAUGCUAAGAGCCUGAAGACAUUCUGUCAAGAACACCUGCCGAGAUUCUCCAGACGGGUCGACAUUAACCAAUUCAAUUUCCCUUCCAAUGCCUUCCCAAACCUUCCUGAAGUGCUUUUGCUGUCAACAAAGAAGGACACACCAACGAUGUGGCGAGCAGUCAGUGGGAUGUUCCACAGUCGUUUGACAUUCUAUGAUGCAGAGGUUAAGGAUGUUUCCUUUCCACUGCUCAAACGCCUUGGCGUGAAGAACGUUCCAGCGCUCGUUGGUCGAACAGUUAACGGUGAGGUGCAACUUCUGAAGGAUGGUAUUUCAGUGAAAGAUCUCCGAUCUGGCAUCAAAGAAUUGAAGACCCUGCUAGAAAGUUUUGAGAAGAAGAACAAGAAGCUAGCAUCGGAACAAGCUAAGAAACAUGCCAAGGCAAGUGAACCGAAGGAAAACAAAAUCCCUCUCCUCAGCGCCUCCAAUUUCGAGGAAACCUGUGGAGAGAAGGCUCCAGUAUGCAUCAUUGGUGUUUUCAAGUCCAACAAAGCCAAGGAAAAGCUGGAGAGCAUCCUGUCUGAGAUAUCUCAGAAGACUCUGAUCAGGGGGCAGAGCUACAGCUCUGGAAACGCAAUCACCUACGCCUUGUUGGACGGCAACAAACAAUCUGCGUUCCUGUCCUCGUUCGACAAGUCCGGAUACAAGUCGUCCGAUAAGCUCCUGCUCGCGUACAAGCCUCGACGGGGGAGGUUCGCUGUGUAUAAGGGUGAGGUGUCAAUGGAAGAAGCUGAAAGGUUUGUGGUUUCCGUCCUGAAUGGAGACGUGCAGUUGUCAGCAACCGGACAGAAGCCAGUUCUUAGGUAGAAGAAGGCUAGGGUUGCAACUCGCAAGCAUUGUUUUCUCGAAAUGGUUGCAAGUAAUUUAGUCUUUAGGGGAUGUAGUGUGUGUGAUCUGGGAGGGCCUGUACAUAGUUGAAUCAAUCAAGAGAGUAAAAUGUAAAACUGUCGACUCAGAUUUGUGGACUGGGAUACGGGAAUACAUACUGACAUGUUACCUUGCAUACAUGUACAUAUUUCUC